GGGGGACGCUAAGUAUGCGCGACACCAGAUUGGAACGACAGGGUACUGAUGACCAACGACCUCCAUAUUUUAUCUUGUAUCGAGCGAUAGAACAUAUUUUGAAGUACCCAGUUCUCCCAGUAGACUCCUAAUCUUCUGUCUUAAAAGAUAAAACACCAGGCAACUAAUCCCUUGUUUUAGCAGCCCCCAACAAAAGUGUUAUCACAGCAUAAGGAAAAUGAACACAACCAAACGGAGAGUUGACUUUCCCCUGCCGUCGUUAUACGCCAUGACCUCUGUGCCAGAUAUCGAAAAAUUAUCAGAUCGUUUGGACGAUUUAAAACCAAGUUCAUCUUCAUUAAAAGGCGAUAAUGUGGCGGAAGGUGAAAAUGGUGGUCAUUUUGCAAAUAAAGGUAUUGAUAUUAGAAACAUUUCAAUCAGAGGCCGGAAGCUGCGGAUUCCGGAUACUAGUGCUCAUCUUGGUCUGCAGUUGGGGGUUAUCGAGGAGAGCAAAGAAACCCGAGGAGAGGGAACUUUGAUUUCACAACCACCGUCAAGCUCCACAGAUUUGACGUAUGAAAACAGUCCACCGAAAAGAAAUAAGAAAUUUAUCUAUAAAUCAUGCAAAUUAGAAAGGGGAAAGAUUGAUCAAGAGUGUAACCUUCCAAAGAUUUCGGAGGAUCAGGCCAUGCCGUCCUUACCAAUAGAGAUUUUAAACAACAAUGAAAAACUCAGAAAGAGUUCCUCUUACGUGUUCCGAAAUGUCAGCAGAAGGGACUCUGUGGUAGCGAAGGAGAUUUCCGAAAGUGAGAGAAAUGAUGCAAGGCGCACUUCAUUCAAUGCACCCCACAAGCGACGAAAUAGUCGCUACAACCUCCUUAGAAUAUCGGGGGAUGAAUCAGUAGCAGGAAGUUUCGAACACGUCCACGGUAUCUUCAACGAAAGCGUCUCUAUCAGCGCCUUGCUGUUGAUCCAGAAGCUUGAGGUUGAUGGCCGGAAUUACAUAUGUCUCAACGUGGACAGUAUUAGGAAGCUCCUGGUUGAAUCCGGUCUGAAAGCUGGAUCCGUCUCCUUUCGAAGCGUUUUAGGACAAAGUUACCUAGUUUAUGACAGUACGGAGAACCAGUCAACAUGUACAGAGGAUCAGGGCGAAACCACGGAUAUAAUGCCCCCGCUGGUUACCGAGACCCAGAAAUGCAAACCUACAAUUGGGGAAACGAUCCACAUGAUGCAGAAAUAUCCGGAUGACGUCAAAAUCCAGCUGAAAAGCUGCCAGUGGAUGGGGAGUUUUGCAUAUGACGAUUCUUUAUCGGUGCUUUUGGCCAAAAACCAGGGGAUAUCUUGCCUACUGUCAGCCUUGACGAGAUUUGCAAACCAUGACGAAAUACUCGCCACCGCCAUUUUGUCUCUAGCCAGAAUGUGUGCAGCUUCAGACGCCUGUUGUGUUCACAUACAGAAGAAUGAUGGGAUACCUGAACUAUUCAAGGUGUUGACCUCGACUUCUAAUUUAGAGGUCAUAGAGGGCGCUGUGGACAUCCUCGGAAGCAUGUCCGCUGUAGAGGAGUUACGUGAGAAGCUGGUGGAAGAGGGCGUGGCUUCAAGUGUCGUGACCUUGUUGUCACGCUAUGAAGACAACUCCAAAAUUGUCGGCAAUUGCUGCUUCAUUCUCAGCAACCUUGUAAACGACUACCAAACAGCAAAGAACGUGAUGUAUGUUGGGGGAGUACACGUGAUUGUGAAUGUCAUGAAGAGAUUUCAACAUGACGAUCUGGUUCACGAAAACGCUUGUAGAGCACUGGGUAGCUUCGCUGUACAUGAGGACUUGAGUUCUGACGUAUCCAGUGCUGGGGCCACCCAUGUUGUUAUACAGACACUGAAGAACUUUCAGGCUAGCACCGCCGUGUUGGAAUGUGCUUUGUGGGCGUUGGCCUGUCUCACUAAAUGCAUGGAUGCAGUAAAAGAUAUCUGUAAGAAUAACGAAGUAACUACGGUCCUGAAUACACUACGGAAGUACCCGUAUGACGAAACACUUCAGGAAUAUGGCUGUUGGACUCUUUGUAACCUCUCUUCUUAUGUUGACGGUGCACAGGAGUUGGCCUCAGCAGACAUCGUUGAGACGGUGUGCCAAUGUUUGGAACACUUCCCAGAAAACCUCCAACUCCAGCAGGAAAUCUUCGCCUUCCUCGUACCAGUAUUAGCAAUAGCAGAUGACAUCCAGAUGAAGUUUAUUCGGGACAAGAGAGUAAAGAUUAUACUAGAUAGGAUGACUACGUACUUGGACUGUCCACUCCUACAGGAACACGGAACCCUCAUCAUAGGAACGCUGGCAGUGAACAAAGCAAACCGAACAGUAUUGGAACGACUUAAUGCCUCAAGGACAAUUAUAACGGCACUUCUUCAUCACGAGGAUGCGGACAAAAUCCAUGAGAACGGGCUGAUAGCACUGACCAAUUUAUCAGCGGAAAUUUAUGGAAACAAAUCCAUGGUGGAGAGAAAUGGGGGUGUCCAAGCCGCUAUUACCAGUCUUAGAACGAUGUCACAUAACCCGGAUGUUGUGGAACUGGCUUUGAAAAUGCUGGGAAACCUUAUCGAACUUGACGCGGCUUGCUACAAUUUCAUUGAACAAAAAGGUUUAGACGUUCUUGAAACAUUACUUCGGGUCAGCAAUGAAAGUCAAGAUACGACAUCAUUAAUCAGAAACAUUCUCAUACAUCUAGCUUCAUUGACAGGUAUUUCUAACAACGACUUAGAAAACAUAGAACGAGUUCUCGUUACCGUGUCUGAGGACUUGGGCAGUGACGCCAGUGUUGAUGUUUGUCGGGCUCAGUAUUACGAUAAAGUCGUCUCUACGGUAAAUGGUUGUCGAAUGUUCAUUGAUGGUGGAUCGUUCAAGAAAUUGGUGGAUUUAUUAACCAGCAAUGCAACAAACCAUGACAUUCAGUUCUAUGGCUGUAAAGUAAUGGCGGCCCUAGCAAUGAAUGGGUUUCAUGCAGAGCGGUCAAAAGAGAUUAUGUCUUUGGUCCAUACAGCGAUGAAGAACUUCCCGGGAGAACUUGACCUACAUAUUGUGUCUUGUGGGGCGUUGUGUUAUUUGACAGAAGAAUCAGACACCGCUGUUGCUACAUUUCUACAGGAGGACGGGAUGAGAACAUUGAUGUUGACAAUCAACAGAUUCCAAGAAGAACCAAGGCUUAUCGUUGUGGCUUUUAUGACGCUUGAAAACUUAUUAAAAUCAGAACAUGACUACCAGAGUGAAUUCCUCGCGUGUUACGAUGUGUCCAUGGUGAUUGAGAUCAUGAGGAGAUUUCCUGACAUCGUAGAUAUCCAGAUAUUUGGCUGUAAACUUGUCACACUCGCCACAGAAGAGGAUAUGAAGAAGAACUUGGAUACGUCACCCAUUCUAGAUAUUCUCGGCAGACGGAAGUCCAUGCAGGACGCAUUGAUCUGGGCUGAGCGAGCCCUCAAUCACAUCAAACCUGGUAAAUUCACACUCUCAAAGAUAACGACAAGUUGACAACAGAAUCGAUAGAAUUUACAUUGUCUGAAAAUCAAUUUUACUGGGCAAUCAAUUGUGUGGGGACGUGUUCUCUUUAAGACACGUUUUUGUGAGAACACGUUUUCACGGGGACACGUUUUUGUGGGGGACAUUUUUUCGUGACGUGAGGUGAUAAUUGCCAUCUGUUGUUAAGACACAGGAGUUGUUGUAGCGAUAAGUGAUAUUUUCGUGAAGCAUUUGAAUCCGUCGAUAGAUUUAACAAUAUGUCGUAGUAGAGCGUUUGCUGUUUUGUCAUUUCAGGGUUCCUGCAAGCAGAUGAGCGAUAGCCGCCCAUGCCCAGUGAUGUUUGUCACUAAGACGCUCAAUUAAAUAUUUUGCAUUUUGGGAGUUGCACUAUGUUCAAUCUCCCUGGUUAAUCACGCAGACACCUUUGUUUGGAUUGUAUAGGAAGGAUUUUGUGUGAGCUAAUUUACUCCUGUGAUAACUAUGAAUACACAUUCGCCAUGAAAUAGUCCAUGUAAUUUUCUGUAUAAAUUCAAGUUGCAAGUAAAUAAAAUUAUAUUUAUAUUGUUAA